AUGCAGACCGGACUAACAACUCCUCUCAGUUUUCUCCAUUGUGUUGUGACAGUGGUGGCUCUUAUUGACUCCGAUGACGUCAUCAGCCGAGACGAGCAGAUCUACGUCCUGAUUGGUGCUCACGCCAGAUGUGAGCGCAGCAUCCGGGCCCAGAAGCCUCCUCUCUCCGGUGAGUGUCCGGAGGAGUGGGAUGGGAUCAUCUGUUGGCCUCGGAGCAGAGCAGGACAAGUCGUGUCAGUCCUGUGCCCAGAAUACAUCUACGACUUCAACCACAAAGGUCGAGCAUACCGCAGAUGUGACAGUGAAGGAUUCUGGGAGCAGGUUUUCAGCAUCAAUCGCACAUGGGCAAACUACAGCGAGUGCACCACAUACCUGACCUCCAACCAGCGCAGCCAGGACGAGAAGGUGUUUGAGCGCCUGCACCUCAUGUACACAGUGGGUUACUCUGUCUCUCUGGCCUCUCUGCUGGUGGCUGUCUCCAUCCUCUGCUACUUCAAACGCCUCCACUGCACUCGCAACUACAUCCACAUCCACCUCUUCACCUCCUUCAUCUGUCGGGCCGUCAGUAUCUUUGUGAAGGACGCCGUUCUUUACUCCAUCGCAGAGGAAGGAGAGACAGAGUUGGAGCUCACAGGACAGAAGCAACACAUGGCCUGGUGUAAAGUCGCAGUCACCUUCUUCUUCUACUUUUUGGCCACGAAUCAUUACUGGAUCCUGGUCGAGGGCCUGUACCUGCACAGUCUGAUCUUCAUGGCGUUUCUCUCUGAUAAAAACUACCUCUGGGCUCUCACCAUUAUUGGAUGGGGAGUUCCAGCUGUGUUUGUGUCCAUCUGGGUCAGUGCCAGAGCGUCAUUGGCGGACACACAGUGCUGGGACAUAAGUGCUGGAAAUCUCAAGUGGAUCUAUCAGGUUCCCAUUCUGGCAGCCAUUGUUGUGAAUUUCCUUCUUUUUGUCAACAUCAUCCGAGUUUUAGCCUCGAAACUGUGGGAGACCAACACCGGCAAACUGGACCCGAGGCAACAGUAUCGGAAGCUGCUGAAGUCCACGCUGGUCUUGAUGCCUCUGUUCGGAGUACACUACAUGGUGUUCAUGGCGCUGCCCUACACUGAGGUGUCGGGGCUCCUGUGGCAGGUGCAAAUGCAUUAUGAGAUUUUCUUCAACUCUUCACAGGGUUUCUUUGUGGCCUUCAUCUAUUGUUUUUGCAACGGAGAGGUGCAGGCGGAGGUGAAGAAAGCGUGGCUGCGGCGGAGCUUGGCGCUGGACCUCAAACAGAAAGCCCGGAUCACCAGCAGCGGAGGCAGCUGCUACUACGGCGGCAUGAUGUCCCACACCACCACACACAGCGUCUCCGCCUCCCACCAUCGAGCCCCCUCCUUCACCGGAGCCACAGUCACUGCAGGUGCCAGCUACGACAGGGGCCAACCGCUCUGCCUCACCUCCGUCCAUCCACACAGCAGCCUUCCUGGAUUGGUCCCAAGUGAGUCAGAGGCCCACCGCUCAGAGUCAGCCAGGAAUGACCAGCACGGAGAGGAAAACCUGCUCAUACCGACACAGGAAGUAGACCAAGACAGUUUCUCAUCUGUGAAAGAAAUUGAGACCAUGUUUUAA